UGGAAACCUCCGGGUAGACGCAAGACCAUGAAGAGAGUGGAGCGAUCCUUAAUUUGGUGGUGUAAAAACGUGUCAGCGUCUUCUAGUUGUUUAUCUGUGUACAGCAGCCUCAGUGAUGAUGGAUCAUCCCCUAUGCUGGGGAUGAUGACCCCGAGACUCGUCGUGCUGAGAUGUCAUGUGGCCAUGCAGUGACUCCAGAGUCACUGACUGGAUGGUGUCGUAGUCUGCUGGACCAGGGUCAGCACAAGUUCCUAUGCCCUGCACUUCAAGAAGGCACACUACAAAAAUGCAAUGCAGAAUGGCCCUAUGUUGAAGUGCGGAGGUUGGCUGUGCUGACUCAAGAGGAGCAGAGCCAUUUUGAAGAGAUGAUGGCUGUCCUUGCCGCAGCCGAGUACUGCGAACACAAAACAUGUCCUGGAUGUCAGACAUUCGUCGAGAGAGCUGACAUUAUCAACCUCUGUGUCAUGUGCACAAUCUGCACGGCUGAGAAGGGUCAGACAUUUCAGUUCUGCUGGCAGUGUAUGAGAGAGUGGAAAGGCCCAGGCCCUCGAUCUGACCGCUGUAACAAUCCCGACUGCACUAAUCCUGACAUUGAAAAGCUGGCAAAAUGUUGUUAUAUAUCGCUACCUGAAGUCAAUAAUGUGAGCUGUCCCUCAAUGCGAGCUUGCCCCACUUGUGGCUGCCUUGCGGAGCAUGACACAACAGGGUGUAAGAAUGUCAUAUGUAUUCGCUGCAAGGUAGAAUUCUGCUUUGUUUGCUUGAAAGUCACUCGAGAAUGUUUGAAAACAAGCCGUCACUUCAUUGCCUGUUCAGAUGGGGUCGCACCACGACAGACUUCCAUUCCUUCCUGGAGAAGAAACUGAAAAACAUUGAAGAAACCAAACCUAAAUGAUGUUAACGUGACAUGAUAAAAUGUGAAAACUCUGUAGCUUGAAUGCAUUGCAAGUUGCUUUGAAUUAAAGUGUGUAGUACCAUGUAGUAAACUAUACUUAAAUGUUUAUUCCGUUUGUGCAUAAUAAUAAAAAAAAAUCAUGCACAGUA